AUGUCUACAACUCCUGGAUCUGGUUUUGAUCCUCUCCAGCAGAACAUCACUAUCUUGGAUCGCACCCAAACGCCUUUCAAUGUCAGUAUAGCCGAUAUCAACUAUGAGGCAUACUACACGCUGAGUGCCUCUGCUUGCUAUGCCGUGCAGUUGGGUGCUGCAGCUGUGAUGUUGAUGGCAGUGUUGCUCUUGACACGGAAGCCAGGAAACCAAGCCAUAUUCAUUCUUAAUGUAGCGUCACUCGUCCUAUGUUGCAUCUCGAGAUUGAUAUUUAUCAUCUUUUUCGGAUCGAACUUCAACACCUUUUACGCACUGAACACAUACGACUAUAGCUACGUUAGGGCUGCCGAUAAUGCUCUUGUUACGAUCGGUGCCAUCAGCUCUGUUUUUCUUACGGCAACCAUCAAUCUUUCCUUGGUCUUACAAGUCCAUGGCAUCACACGGCAAUCUCAUUUCAAGCCAUGGAUCAACAAAACAAUGAUUGGAAUCUCGGCGUUUCUGUUCUUCUUCUCCCUAACCUUCCGGACCAUUAUGGGAGUGGAGAAUAUCUUAGAGAUCUAUGGCCAGAGUAACUUUGUUCAUGCGAAAUGGCUCACCCGAACAGUCUUGGUAUCUGAGUUGGUCACUAUCUUGUGGUUCUGUGGAAUCUUUACUGGCAAACUAGUCAUGAUGCUUUGGGUUCGAAGUAAAACUAUUUGGGGCCGUCAAGUCUUCCUUGAGGUCAUUGUGAUUGGGCUAUUCUAUACAAUGUUCAUACCCACUAUUUUUGCCAUCAUUCAGAUGGCACGGGUUCGCAAAUUCCCAGAAGCUGGAUCAUUUUAUCUCGCAUUAACUGCAAUACUCCUGCCAUUGACAUCUUUGUGGGCCCAAAACGUCAAGCAAGGUGAAGUUGACACCAAACGCUCCAAGGAUGCGGCAUCGAACCGGAAAUACGAGACUCUGUGGAGCGAUCCGGAUUCAUGUCCCAAUUGCGGAAUUGGCAGCAAAAACACCAGUGUCUCAACCACUUUUGAGCACUCGCAUAGGUCAGCGCGAAAUAUGAGUUCUUCAAGAAGAGAGUCACGGCCGACGAGUGAUUACACUGACGACGUUGACAUUGAACGAGCUCUGAGGCCUGGUGGGGUCAAUGUCACCAACACUGUAAUUGUUGAAAGCCGUGCUUUGUGA